UGCGCAUGCGCGUUAUGCUCAGACAUUUCUGCCCCUUUUGACUAGAACUGAUUCCCGUUCUUACCGGAGGCGGGGCGAUGGAGAGACAGAGACAAGUGACCAGUCACUAAAGAGUACCAGUUACCAUGGCAACGGUGCCGCUUGUUUGUCCCGGCAUUCAGUGGGGUACCAAGAUGGCGGCCCUAAGUUAGGGGGAAGAGUGGGGCAUGGUGGUUGGGGUUUGCAAAGAGGAAUGAAAAGAGUGGGACCGGGCGGCGGAGUUCCGCAGACUGAAGAUGUGGGAGGAAACAGGGGACUCCGUGACCCUGUUGUGCCUCACAGCCAGCAGCGGGGUGCCCUUAUAUUGCAGGAGUCGGGGUGGCUCCGUCAAGCAGCAGUUGCCCUUCUCAGUGAUUGGCUCCCUGAAUGGGGUUCACAUGUUUGGUUCAAAUCUGGAUGUCCUGCUGACAGCUGCCUGUACAGAGAAUACUCGUGUGGUGUGGAAAGUAUUCCACAACAGCAUCACCCUCAUUGUCCUGUCCUCCGACGAAGGUGCAAGUGACUUCAGCCUUGGGAGACUCCUCGAGAAUGUCUUCAAUGCCAUGGUGCUAGUGUUGGGCCUGGAGGAACUGGCCAACGCACGCAACAUCGAACGUCUCAAAAAGGACCUGAAGGCAUGUUACAGAUUGAUUGACAGCUUUCUGGAGCCUGGCAAAUGCAGUGCUGACCUGACCCAGUAUGUGGAGUGCGCUGUGAUGCCCUCCAGGGCCAUCCUACAGGAAUGCCUAGAAGCCUUCGCCAGUGCAGCCGAGUCGAGGUUUGGCAGUCUGCUUGCAGGGGGCUAUGUACUGUGUGCGACGGAGCAAUGGUGGCAGCUUGCCGCCCAGGAGGCCAUGCUGCUGGUGUGGAUGGUGCGCACACUGCCCCCACACACCGCCCGCGACCUGCCCGUUUACCUUCCUCACGGCAGCCCCACGGUUCCCCACCGAUUCCUGACCUUCCAGCUUGUUCCUGGUUUGGAGGUGGUGCUGUUGUGCGGGCCGACUCCCUCCUUACAGUACCUGGCUGAUGAGCUCGUGAAGCAGUUUUGGCAACCGUUGCUGGAUCUCCUGAGGCAAACAGCCAGAGCCUCUCCUCGCUGUCUCUCUCCAAGCAUGGCUCUCGCCCCGGGCAUUCUUGGGUUAUUGUUGAUCAACCAAGAACAGAGGAAAAGCAUCUUCACGGUACAGCCUCACGGCACCUGUGCUGAAGGAUCCGAGAUGCCUCUGAAGCGACGCCUCUGCGCCCUCCGCUCCUUCUACGCCUUAGCGAUCUCUUUGUACUUCCCCUCCGAGAAGUCAGAAGGGACCACAGUGCCUCUGCAGGAGGAGUUCCAGGCGGGAUUUUCUCACCCUCCGCAGCACUGCUACGUGGUCACUACCAUGCACAAGGCCUACGCUAUCCACGGGAGGCGGCACCAGCUCUUCCUGCUCCUGAAGCCGGAAGUGCCCACCUUUGCUCUGCGCUCCUUGGCAACCGGCACAAUGCAGACCCUCACAGCUGAAGACGCUGCCUUCUGAUCAGAGGAGUUCCUAACAGGAUGCUGGGAUGGGACAUGCAGAUGUAUUUCCUACUGGAGCAGCCCGGAUAUAGAAGAAAUGGCCAAAGCAGGAAAAAAUUCUGAAGAUGAGAUCAAGCACCCCUGACACUCUGGCUAUUAAGCGGGAGCUAACCAAGAUAUUUUUGGGUUGGGAGACUCCCUCCCUACCCCCCUACAGAAAGGAAUGCUUGCUUUGAAAAAGAAGUUGGCAAGAAGCGCGUCUCCCGCUACUGUCUGUAUGUGUUAAUACAACAAUUAUACAGCAAAAGAAAUUAUCUCCUGCAGAAGGGAUCGGUCAAAAGCGACAGUAGAUUUGGAGCUCAGAAAUCAAAGUUUAUAACACAGUACAGCCUCGCGACCGGCUUACCUGAGUGGAGGUCUGAUAAUCACUGAAAUUGGCCUCAGCCUCAGCACGUUUGCUCCUGCCACGCUCCUCUUAGAAUUUCCAUGGUAACUUAGCUUCUCUUGGCUUCGUAUACUGUACACAUUUGUGUUUCUGCCGGUGUCAGUCUCUCAAAGCAAUGACUUAAGCUUCAAGAGUGUGGUGCAGCCAUCUGAAAUGCUGAGACGUGUCCCGUUCAAAUCGGGCCUCUGCAAGCUCACAGAAAACCCUCUGGCUCACUCAUUCCCUCCUCUCAAUUUUGACCUAACCACACAAAGCUGCUAUGACAGUUAAAACAAUUUUGUGAAUCACUUUUUAUAUAAAGUAUUUGAAGCUUU